AUGGCAGAGCGUUCAGAAGGCAAGUACUGCUUCUCUUACUUUUGUCACCUUCCUGCUGGGCUGCCUCAGAGCAGAUUCGCUAUUCCAUCCCUGAGGAGAUGGCAAAGGGUUCGAUUGUGGGGAAUAUUGCCAAGGAUUUGGGACUGAAUACAAGAGAUCUUGCAAAGCGCAAUCUGCAUGCUGUCUCUUUGAAGAAAAUGCAGUAUUUCAGUAUAAAUGCAGAGAAUGGAAACCUCUAUGUAAGUGACAGAAUAGAUAGGGAGCAGCUAUGUGACAUAACUCCCAUUUGCGUAGUAAAUUUUGAAGUGGUAGUUGAAAAUCCCCUCAAUAUCUUCCAUUUAACUAUAGCAAUUCAGGACAUUAAUGAUAAUGCACCACUGUUUCCCAAUGAUAACAUCAACUUGGAGACAAGUGAACUUACUGUACCAGGCGCACGAUUUCUCCUUGGGAAAGCUGAAGAUCCUGACAUUGGGAUGAACUCCCUCCAGAAUUACCAGUUGAGCACCAAUCAGUACUUCAGUUUGGAAGUUAGAGAAAUGGAAGAUGGAAGUAAAAAUGCAGAAUUGGUGCUGCAGAAAUCUUUGGAUCGGGAAAGUGAGCACUCUCUUCACUUGAUCCUUACAGCCUUGGAUGGGGGGGAACCCAGAAAAACUGGGACUGCCCAGAUAUGGAUUAAUGUCACAGAUGCCAAUGACAACCCACCUGUUUUCACUCAAGAGGUGUACAAGGUCAGUGUGCAUGAAGAAGCUCCUGUUGGGUCCUUUGUGCUCCAAAUUGUAGCCUCUGACAAAGAUGAUGGUUUAAACGCCCAGAUCAGAUAUGAAUUCAGCAACAUUCCCGUCAAUGGACAAAAGAAAUUUGGACUAGAUCCAGUUGAUGGCAUAAUCUCUCUUCUGCAGAUGUUGGAUUUUGAAGAAACAAGAAGAUAUACUAUGACAGCAGCAGCAAAGGAUGGAGGUGGAUUGGUGACACACUGCAACAUUGAAAUAAAUGUUCUUGAUGGGAAUGAUAAUGCCCCAGAGGUGACUUUAGCCUCCAUGUUCAGCCCUGUUCCUGAAGAUUCUCUGCCAGGAACUGUAAUUGCUCUGAUCAAUGUAAAUGACAAAGAUAGUGGUGAUAAUGGGAAGGUUACUUGCUAUUUACAGGAUGAUUUACCCUUCAAAAUUCUUCCGUCAUCUAAUAAUUACUUCAAACUCCAGACAGACAGUCCUUUGGACAGAGAAAUAGCUCCUGCAUACAAUAUUACAAUCACAGCCACUGAUAAAGGAACUCCACCUCUUUCCACACACAAAACAAUCUCACUACAGAUCUCAGAUAUCAAUGAUAAUGCCCCUACAUUUCAGAAAUCUUCAUACAACAUCUACGUGCCAGAAAACAAUCCUUCAGGUGCCUCCAUUUUCACCAUCAAAGCCUCUGAUUCCGACAUGGAUCAGAACUCACGGAUCACAUACUCCAUCCUCAACAGCAACAUUGAGGAGCUUCCCAUCUCCUCCUAUAUCUCCAUUAAUUCUGAGACUGGCACCAUCUAUGCCCAGAGAUCCUUUGACUAUGAACAAUUCAGAGAGUUUCGGGUGCAAGUGAAGGCCCAAGAUGGGGGUUCUCCCCCUCUCAGCAGCAAUGUGAGCGUCAGGGUGUUUGUUCUUGACAGGAAUGAUAACAGCCCUCGUAUCCUGUCCCCUCACAAGAAGCCAAGGGCUCAGCCUUGUUUGAGAUGGUGCCUCGUUCGGCCGAGGCAGAUUAUCUUGUCACCAAGGUGGUGGCCGUGGAUGCAGAUUCUGGACACAACGCCUGGCUCUCCUACCACCUGACUCAGGCCACUGAGCCGGCACUCUUCACAGUUGGUUCUCAUACUGGAGAGAUCAGGACAGCCAGGGCCUUGGUGGAGAGAGACGCUGUGAAACAGAGACUGGUCAUUAUGGUGAAGGAUAACGGGCAGCCGUCUCUCUCGGCCACCAUGACUCUGAACCUGGUGUUUGCUGAGAACUUUCAGGAGGCCCUUCCGGAAAUGAAGAGCCAACCCAGCAGCUCGGAGUAUCAGUCUGACCUGCAGUUCUACUUGGUGCUGGCCUUAGCUGUGAUCUCCUUCUUGUUCCUCUUGACUGUCAUUCUGGCCGUUACAAUGAAGCUCCGCCAAUCAGGGCAUCCCAGGUUCCUACAGUGCUUUGGUCCUGUUCCCCAUUCCAAGAAUGGUGCCAUCUUCCCACCCAACUUUGAAGAUGGGACUUUGCCCUAUUCCUACCAGCUGUGUCUGUCUUCUGAGACCAGAAAGAAUGAGUUUGCCUUCCUGACACCCAGUGUUCAGAUGGUAGACAAUAUUGUUAGCAGUGAGAAACCUGAUGUGCCUUUUGCAGUCAACAGUGGAAACAAUUUUCAGUCUGAAAAGGCUAAGGAUGAAGAGGUAAGCUUUAUGGUUAGGAAUUCUUUGUAUUGCACCUUUGAUACUCUUCCCCACAUUUCUGCAGAAUUUUUUAUUCUAUUUUAGCAGUUAUGGAAUAAGAGGAGAUUGGUAAGUGGAGAGUAAGUAGGAAUAAAGUGACAAUUCUCCUUAUGGAGAGAUGUAGAAGGUAUGAUGCUCCAAGAAUCAGUACUGAGCUUUUAAACUUGUUCCUAAAUGAUCUAAAAUUAGGAGCGAGCCAUGAUGUAGCCAAGUUUGCUAAUCCCAAAUAGUUCAGAGUGGUUAAAACAAGAAGGGGUUGCAAAGAGCUCGCAAAGGAUCUCUCCAAACCAUACCGAGUGAAUGGGCAGUAAAUGGCAAUUGCAAUUUAAUGUGAACAAGUGUAAAGUGAGCUAAAAGAACUGUUGUUUCAGUUAUAUGCUUAUGGGGACUAAACAGGAAUGAGAUCUUGGGGUCAUAGCGAACAGUUUGAUGAAGAUGUUGACAUAGCAUGAGACAGCUGUGGAAAAAAAAGAAAAUAAAUUUUUGAAUACUGUGUAUAGUUCUGGUCAACUUACCUAAAAACAGGUAAGGUGGAGCUGGAAAAUAUGAACCAAAAUUGGCAAGGGGAUGGAGCCAUUCACCCUUUUAGUUUACUUAGAUACAGCUUACAGAAAAGGCAAUUAAGUGAAGACAUGGUAUAGGUGUAUAUAAUUAUGCGUUGUAUGGAAAGUGUGGAUGGAUAAGUGCCCCCUUCCACACAUAACACUAAAACUAAGACACAUCCAAUGAAGCUGAAUGUUGGAAGAUUCAGGACAGACCGCAGAAAAUACUUCUUCACACAGCACUGAGUUAAACUGAGGAGUUUGUUCCCAUGAGAGGUAGUGAUGCCCAUUAACCUGGGUGGUUUUAAAAGAGAAAUGGACACAUUCAUGUACAACAUUAUUUUGUGGCCUGCUAGCAAUGGUGUCUAGGUUCUAUCUCCAUAGUUAGAGAUAGUAUGUCUCUGAAUACCAGUUGUGGGGAAUCAGAAGUGAGGAGUGUGCUGUUGCACUCAGGCCCCACGUUUGGGCUUCCUGUAGGCAACCAGUUGACCGCAAGGAAAAUAAUAUUCUGAACUAAAUAGGACACUGGCCUGAUCCAACAUGCUCUUCUGAUAUUUUUAUGUUAAUCAUGUGCUUCUAAUUUAUUCUAUCUACAGAAGUUCUGUUAGCAAAUGAAGAGACUGUGGAUUUGUCUGUAUUUUAUGUCAUAGAUGUGUUUUGUGCUGAGGCUAAGAGUUUGCGGCUGAAUUCAGCCAAGGAGAUGUGCCAAAUGCAGGAGCUCUGAAAUGAAUGUGCACGCACAGAAAUGUUGAGGAUGGGAGUUGUAUGUGCACCUGCACACACAAUCAUAUACAUAUUCAUCCCAAACACCUGUGAUUUUGGUGAAGACUAAGAGCUGCUCCAAGAUAGUUACUUUUCUGUUUAAUCUUUCUUCCAGUGUAGAAGGAGCUGCAUUAUUUUGCUCAGCUCUCUAUCCUGAGAAAGCUUUUAAAUGAAGGUCCCAUUCACUGAACGAAGCAAUAUGCGCAUGCACUGUAAAGGUUCUACUUCUGAGGAACACACACACACUUGAACUAUGUCACCAUAUUGUUCAGAAUUUCAUCAAAAGAAUACAAUGCUGAUCUGGAAGUUCAGAAAAUAAACACGGAUCUUCUAGUCCUCCUCUGAGUGUACCAAUUUACAAUGCAAGGGAUUAAAACAUAUAUUGCAUGCUUUCCUCUUCUACUCAUAAUAAUGUGUUCACAUCGGAGCCAAAUCUUCUAGACUACAUUUUCCUUCUCUCUACAUCAUGGGAAGAGUAUAGUAAGUGAUUUUACAGGACAUGUAGGUAGCCAUAACAGUGCUAGAUGAUGCCUUGUCAAGUGCUGCUUUAGUAUUCCACAACGUAAUCUAGCAUUCCACUGUUUAGCAUUCUAACCAUGAUAUUUUAUUGAUGUGACUCUUACCUUUGUACAAUAGACCACAUUUCAACCAUGUAAAAUUCAGAGGUUUCAAUAUCUCCACUUCUAUAGAUCUGUGACUCCUCCAGCCAGGCAAGCAGCAAUAUCCUAGUUCAAGGACACAUUGCAGCCAGCAAAAGCUCUUGAAGAGGGCAAGGAAGAAGGCCAGUGAGGGGUUGAGGGGUGUGAUCUGGGAAGGGAGGGAAGCCUAUGGAAAGCCUGAGGGGUGGGGAGAGAGGACUCAAGUUCCCAAGAAAAACUGUAGCAUGAUCUUGAGUAAGCAUUGUACUUUUAGUGCUGUUCUCAUUAUAUGACUGAGUUGCAUAAGUCAAGUAAUGCCUUAAGAGAAGAAAAAGAACUUGCCAAACAUUAGGAAUUUCUCCAGGUAUCCCAAAUCACUCACAUCACUGUCAACUAACACAGCUACGUACAUGACUGAUUAAGUGCAUCAACUGGCAAGUAGGUGAGGAGACGAUUGCCAGCAAGACAGUUGGUGCAAUAGAAAGUAGAACUGUGGUACCUUAGAGGGGAAAUUUUGUGUGACACAGAGAUUCCAAAGGCCUUAAUGCACAUUUUGGGAAAAUAACUUUUAAACUCAGAAUUCAUUAGGUCUGAGAACCACUUCCUGUGAUUAAAUAUGUUGACACGUACCUAUAUGGAUGAACAGUCUCUAACUGUCAGAAAAAUACGAUUACACAACUGUACUAUCAGACAGGGACACUAAUCAGUCAGUUCAGUUUCUCUGAAGCGCACCCCCAUGAGCAAUGCCAAAUGUGCUAAUACGAAAGUGUGAAAGUGUGAAAGUACCGUUGGGGCAAAUGACUGGAAUAAUUUUCAGGACACUUGUAUGUUUAUUACAAAAUAAUCAAUUUUCUCUGGUAUUUUAAGCUAUCAUUCCUAAGUACUCAGGGGUAAUAAGGUAGGGAAAAUGACAUAUAUUACUUGGGAAAGGGAUAAUUUCUAAAAUAUAUGAUUUGUUUUCUGUAGGUCAGUUUUGUCUAAUUAAGUUGAGUUGUUGCUUAUCCUAAUUUCAAAACAGAGACCAAACUCUAUUUUUUUUUUUACCAUACCACAAAAGAUUCUCUACCUGAGAAUCAUUGUACGUAAGAUUAAAAAUGGCAAGAAAUCCCUUAUAUGUUAUUUACUUAAAAGAAAAGACACAUCUUGCAGUUCUCCAUCUAAGACUCAGAGUGUCACUGUUGGCCAAUAUAGUUCUCAUGGAGGAGUGGAGAAUCCACUAUCAGAUGCUUUUGCAAUUUGAUUGCUCAUGAACUACAGAGCCGGGAAACAGCAGAACACAGGAACAAAACCGCUGCAAAGUAUAGAAAUCCAGCAGCAGCUACUGACUUCGUUCAUGAUUCUUUAUUGAACACUUCUACAGAGUGAAUGGGAUUUAAUACUACUCAAUUUAACUAAUCACAGAAAGAAAGGAUAAAGCACAUUUCUCUGCAAGAGUGAUGGCCGGCAGACAGAAAGAUAGCAGCAGAUCCCUAAGAAGGCAAGUACCUCUCCUCUUAUUAUUCUCUCUGUGUGGUCAGAUUGCCUCAGAGCACAUUCAUUAUUCCAUCCCUGAGGAAAUGGAAAAGGGAUCCAUUGUAGGAAACCUGGCCAAAGACCUGAGCCUGAAUAAUGGAGAAAUAGGAAAUUACAAUCUGCAUAUCCUUUCCCUAGGUAAAAAGCAAUACUUUACUCUCAGUGCAGAAAAUGGAAAUCUGUAUGUAAGGGAAAGGAUUGAUAGAGAAGAAUUAUGUGGUCAAACUGCAUUCUGCUCCAUCAAUUUUGAAGUGGUGGUUGAGAGUCCUAUGAAUAUUUUUCAUGUAACUGUAGAGAUUCAAGACAUUAAUGAUCAUGCACCACGUUUUGUAAAUGGGGAUAUCAAGCUGGAGACAAGUGAAUCCUCUUUACAAGGCACCACAUUUCUCCUUGGACAAGCUGAAGAUCCUGAUCUUGGGGUGAAUUCUCUCCAGGAUUACAACCUUAGCACAAAUCCAUACUUUAUUCUGGAAGUGAGAGAAAUGGAAGGCGGAAAUAAAUAUGCAGAAUUAGUAUUGAAUAAACAGUUGGAUCGGGAAAGUGAAAGCAGUUUCCAAUUAAUCCUAACAGCUCUGGAUGGAGGGAAGCCUUCCAAAACUGGAACAGCCAAAAUAUGGAUCACCGUCAUUGAUGCAAAUGACAACCCACCAGUCUUCACUCAAAAAGUAUACACAGUCAAGCUGAAAGAAAAUGCCCCCAAAGGGUCAUCAGUGGUCCAGGUGAAAGCCACAGAUAGAGAUGAUGGUUCAAAUGCCCAGAUAAACUAUAGUUUUAGUAACAUCCCAGAAAGUGCUCGUCAAAAGUUCCACUUAGGUUCACAAGAUGGAACAAUUAUAGUUAAGGAGGUUCUGGACUUUGAGGAAACAGAAGGAUAUGUAAUGGCAGUGGAAGCAAGAGAUGGAGGUGGAUUAGUGGCUCACUGUAAAGUUCAAAUAACACUCCUAGAUGAGAAUGACAAUGCCCCAGAAGUGAUUCUGGCCUCUUUAUCCAGCCCCAUCCCUGAAGACUCUGCAGUAGGAACCCUGGUAGCCCUUAUCAAUGUAAAUGAUAGAGACUCUGGAGAUAAUGGGAAGAUUACUUGUGAUAUACAACACGCUUUGCCAUUCAAAAUGGUAUCAGCCUCCAAUAAUUAUUAUAAGCUUCUCACAGAUGCCCCCUUGGACAGAGAAAGAACUCCAGAGUACAAUAUCACAGUCACAGCCACAGACAAAGGCAACCCCCCUCUUUCCACAUACAAAACCAUCACACUGCAGAUCUCAGACAUCAAUGACAACUGCCCUGCCUUUGAGAAACCCUAUUAUACUGCCUACGUCCCAGAGAACAAUCCUUCAGGCUCCUCCAUUUUCAGGGUCAAAGCCUCCGACCCAGAUGUGGACCAGAAUGCUCAAAUCACCUACUCCAUUCGCAACAGCAUCACUGAGGGGCUGCCUCUCUCAUCCUUCCUCUCCAUUAAUUCUGAGACUGGCACUAUCUAUGCUCAGCGCUCCUUUGACUAUGAGCAAGUCAGGGAGUUUCAAGUGGAGGUGAGGGCCGAAGAUGGAGGCUCCCCCCGCCUCAGCAGCAAUGCCACCGUGAGAGUGUGUAUUCUGGACCAGAAUGACCAAAGCCCUCAGAUUCUUUACCCUUCUCAAGGAGCAGAGGGCUCCUCCUUGUUUGAGAUGGUGCCUCGCUCAGCAGAGGAGGGUUAUCUAGUGACAAAGGUGGUGGCUGUGGAUGCUGACUCUGGACACAACGCUUGGCUCUCCUACUAUCUGCUCCAGGCAACAGAACCUGGGCUGUUCUCAAUUGGUUCCCAUACUGGGGAGAUCAGGACCUCACGGGCUUUUCUGGAAAGAGAUGCUGUGAAGCAGAAGCUCAUCAUCUUAGUCAAGGAUAAUGGGCAGCCACCACUAUCCGCUACCGUGAGUCUCAACCUGGUGUUUGCUGAGAACUUCCAGGAGGCACUUCCGGAAAUUAGCCACCAGCCCAGUGACUCAGAGUAUCAAUCGGAUCUACAGUUCUUCUUGGUGCUGGCCUUAGCUUUGAUUUCAUUCUUAUUCCUCCUGACAGUGAUUCUGGCGGUUCUCAUGAAGAUUCGGCGAUCAGGGAACCCCAAAUUCCUGCAGUGUUUUGCUCCUGUUCCCCAUUCAAACAACACAGUCAUUUUCCCACCAAACUAUGAAGAAGGAACAUUGCCGUAUUCCUAUCAGCUAUGUUUAUCUUCUGAGUCCAGGGUACAGGAGUUCACCUUUCCAACACCCAAUGUUCAAACCGCAGAGAAUAUUUCAAGCAACACUGAUGCACCUUUGACUGCCAAUGGAGGCAAUAUCCUAAUUUCUGAGAUGGAUAGAACUGAUAUGGUGAGUUUUAAUCUGAGCAGUAUCUACAUUAUACAUUCUUGCUGCUUAGAGAAAGGAAAUUUUUAUGAAUCUUUGUUGCUGAUUCCGUAA